GGGUAUCUAGGUAAUUAGCCAAGACACAGCUUUGCAAAAUUAGGGUUGCCUUCGUAUAUUAAAGUCCGCGCUCCUCCGAACGCAGCCACGGUUGCUUCGCAAGAUCGACUCCUAAUCGCCACGGAAUCGGCUCGAGGAUGCCGAAGCAGAUCCAUGAGAUUAAGGAUUUCCUUCUCACGGCGAGAAGGAAAGAUGCGCGAUCAGUGAAGAUUAAAAGAGGUAAGGACGUCGUAAAGUUCAAAGUUCGCUGCUCCAAGUACCUCUACACACUGUGUGUGUUUGACUCUGAGAAGGCGAACAAGUUGAAGCAAUCUCUUCCUCCAGGUUUGAGCGUCCAAGAAAUCUGAAGAUGCAGGUUGAAACUCUGAGUGGUCCUAGGUUUUGAGCAGCUCUCGAGUUUAUUUCUUUUCAGCAUAGUAGUAGUUAUGUCCUCCUUUGUCGAAUGGAUUGUCACUGUCCUAAUGUGUUUGAAGGAUCAUAUUUGAGCUAUUAUUGUUUUGCUGAGGAAUCUACAUGCAUUUGCUUAUUUGGAAUGUGCAAGGCUUGAGUUCA